CUCUGUGUGUGUGCGUGUAUGUGUGUAUGUGUGCGAGCGUGUGUGUGCGCGCGCGGGUGUGUGGACAAGGAGGUGGGGGCAGCUGAGUUAGAGUCCCAACUCCUUGGACUCCAUUUGCUAUUCUUUUCUUUCUCCUUCACACCUAUCUGGUGGUAGUAGGCGUUUAUAUUUGCAUUUCUUUUCAUUCAUUUCCAAAUCUUUAAAAAAUUUUUAGGGUUGGGGGUAGUGGGAAAGGCAGGAAAGGGGUAGGGAGGAGAGUAGUCGCAGAAGAGCAGGAGGAGGACAUGGAGAUGAAGAAGAGGAUUAACCUGGAGUUAAGGAACAGAGCCCCGGAGGAGGUGACAGAGUUAGUCCUUGAUAACUGCCUUUGUGUCAAUGGGGAGAUUGAAGGUCUGAAUGAUACUUUUAAAGAACUGGAGUUUCUGAGUAUGGCUAAUGUGGAACUCAGUUCUUUGGCCCAGCUUCCCAGCUUAAAUAAACUUCGAAAGCUGGAACUUAGUGACAAUAUAAUUUCUGGAGGCUUGGAAGUCCUGGCAGAGAAAUGCCCAAAUCUUACCUACCUCAAUCUGAGUGGAAACAAAAUCAAAGAUCUCAGUACGGUUGAAGCUCUGCAAAAUCUUAAAAAUUUGAAAAGUCUUGACUUGUUUAACUGUGAGAUCACAAACCUGGAAGAUUACAGAGGAAGCAUUUUUGAACUGCUGCAGCAAAUCACAUACUUGGAUGGGUUUGAUCAGGAGGAUAACGAAGCCCCAGACUCUGAAGAAGAGGAUGACGAGGAUGGUGAUGAAGAUGAUGAUGAAGAAGAAGAUGAAGCCGGUCCACCUGAAGGAUUUGAGGAAGAGGAGGAAGAAGAAGAGGAGGAUGAGGAUGAGGAUGAGGAUGAAGCAGGCUCAGAAGUGGGAGAGGGAGAAGAAGUGGGCCUCUCAUUCUUAAUGAAAGAUGAAAUUCAGGAUGAAGAAGAUGAUGAUGACUAUGUCGAAGAAGGGGAAGAAGAGGAAGAUGAAGAAGAAGAGUGUCUUCGAGGGGAGAAGAGGAAACGAGAUGCUGAAGACGAUGGAGAGGAAGAAGAUGACUAGAUCAUUCUGAGACGGAGGCCCUAAUGUUCCUGGGUGUGCAAUGGAGUGAUCACUUCUUCCUCUGUUUCUCUGUGUACAAUAGCUGUCCCUUCAGAAGAGAUUGUGUAACUUUUUAUAGGAGAAGUUUGGUUUUACUAUUUUUGCCUUAUCAUUCCAAAUAAGAGUUACUAGUAUGUUAAUGAUCAUAUUGUAUGUAGAGAAUAAUUUUCAUUGGCCCCCAUUGUGAAAUUCCCUAGCAGUUUAUUUAGAAUCUUAAUUUCUCUAAUUCAGGCUCACUGUAUUAGUCAUUUUUAGCUCAUAAUUAAAACAUGAUCGCUUUUACACAGGUGUAGUUUGGUGCAUUUCAUUCAUAAGGUUUUAAAGUUAUUUAUAAAUUAACUAAGAUUACAGUCAGUUGUAAUAUGAAAUAACAAUCGUUGCUUGAAUAAGCUGGUUAUUUUUUUAGAGGUGAUCCAGAGAUCUUCAGUUGAAGGAAAUGGCUUGUUUUUGGGCUAAGGACAUUUGCGUGCUUUCUCUGUCACAAGAGUAACUUGGAAAGGAGGAGCAGAAUAGUAAAGGUUCUACUCAGCAGUCUAGUUCAUGGGUUGUGUGGAGGUUCUGUUCAAUAAUGUAGUCCGUGGGGUUUGUUGGGACUGAUAAGAUUUUAUCUUUGAAGGAAGAGUCGCUCAUACUAAACCUAUAGUCCUGCAGGCGAGCCCUCUCCUCAGGCUGCAGAUCACAACAUGCCAGCGCUUGGCUAGUGUUUUGCUUCUAGCUGUGAGCAUUCUUUUCCUCUCAACAGUUCCUUUAUGAUCACCUUCUUUCAAUGUGUUGCUCCCUCCUUUAUCCCAAAAUAAAGUAGGAAACUUGUGGAGAUACCCAGGAAAACUUCUAGUUUUAAACCUUACCUCCCUUUUCAGACCUGAGUUUUAAACAAAGAAAGGAAAAGAAAUGGACUGUCUUCUGAGGCACAGAUAUUAUUAUUGCUAUGAUUUUAUGCAACAAGCUGUGCUUACUGUAGGUCUUUCUUGGUUGACAACACCUCAGACUGCGUUUCCUGACUGAUCACAUGUGAGACUGUAUUAGGGGAUGAAGAGAGAAAAGCAGCAGAGGCGGCUUUGGGGAGCACAUUAGUGCUCUAAGAAGUCAGAAAGUUGCCUGUUGAUCAUUAUGAUGUGUUCAAGUGAAACUUUUAACUUGGCUUCUCAAAUGAUUUGCAUACCACUCUACAAAGUAUUGAUAAUACUGAGUAGAACCUUUAAUUAUUUUUCCUAUAGUUUUAAAGCAUUGUGGAUGUGGAUAUGGCAUUUAAUUGAAAUACACUAGGCAGCUGGAAAAUCUUUUAAACUAAAUUGAUACUAAAGUUGACUUGAUUUCAAGUGGAUGUCCAUUAAAAAUACAAAAAAUCUGGGAUAAGUGUGAGUGUUUGUUCCCUUACAUGGCUACUAAAUAAAGUUCACUGAGUAGACGAGUGCAUUUCCCUUCUUGUCACUGAGGCUCUGUGUUCAAGGCAAUUGCUUUUUUUAACUUCAAUUAUCUAAAGUUUUGUUUGUUAAAAAGUGUCAUCAUACUAAUUGAAAUUUCGCUUCAAUACUGGGACACAUUUAAAUUACUGAGUAUAGUUUUUCUGCUGCUUUAUUAGUUUAAAAUGUAUGCUUUAUGUUUUAAAGUAAAAGUGAAGUUAUUUGUGGAGAAACUAAAAAAGUUGCACAACUGACUGAAAUAAAACACUUGGGGUAAGUUUAGUGGAGGGAUUGGGCUCUUCCAAAAGACUUUCACAUUUUCCUCCUAAUUUCCCGAGUUGAAAUGCCCUGUUUUAGUCCCUAAGAUUUCUCAUUGCGUACUAUGCCAGAUUAUAAAAUACUUAUUUUUAAAAUGAAAUCUAUAUAUUGACUUUCUUAUAAAUCAUCAUAUUGUGCAAUCAAAAUUAAGAGUUCUUUGAAAACAACACCUAGAGUCUCCGGAUAACUUUUAAGACUUCUGUAGUUUUGUGGGUGGUGUUUUCAUGCAAACAGGUAAGGGUGGGUUUUAUAUUUUGUAGACGUUUUUGGUCCUACUUUAAUGCUCUUUGUAUGGCAGUAUGUAGGUAGUGUGUUAAGUUCCUCAAGAAUCUCUCCUUAAAAACUUUGAAGUUAAUACUUUUGUGCAACUGUGUUUUGAAUAAAGCCAUGACAGUGUUAAAAAUACAGUAAAUACAGUACUCCCGGUCA